AUGUUGUACCGGCUGGCGACUGCGGCCGGCCAUCGAGCAGUGGCCGGUCCGCUGGCCGCGCUGUGGCGAUGUGGCGGUGGCCUAGGAGAUGGCAGAACGGCCGGGACCGGCGUGAGGGCCCUCGGCACGGCCCGGCAGUGCCUCCAGGGGAUCCGCUUUCUGCAGCUGAAUCUGCAGGCGAGACUGACAUCAUUUUCCCAGUGGCUGUGUUCAAAACCACCCAAAGGGUUUGAGAAGUACUUUAAAAGGAGUGAAAGAAACACAGAUUCAGAGAAAUCAACAGCUCCAAAAAAAGACAAACCAAAGAAUGCUGGGCCUGGGGGAGAUGGAAGCAAGAGAGGAGGGAAGCAGGAUGACUUUGCCUGGUGGAGACAGAUUCAGAAGGGAGAAUUCCCCUGGGACGACAAGGAUUUCCGAAAUCGGGUCAUUUUUGGGGCAGGUGUUGCCAUGGGAUUGUUCUACUUAUAUUUUCGAGAUCCUGGAAAAGAAAUCACCUGGAAGCACUUUGUACACUAUUACCUGGCCAGAGGUCUGGUGGACCGGCUGGAAGUUGUGAACAAACAAUUUGUGCGUGUUAUUCCUGCCCCUGGGACGUCUUCUGAGAAGUUCGUGUGGUUCAACAUCGGCAGUGUUGACACUUUUGAGCGGAACCUGGAGUCUGCCCAGUGGGAGCUGGGCAUCGAGCCCACCAACCAGGCAGUGGUGGUCUACACCACUGAGAGUGAUGGCUCUUUCUUGCGAAGCCUGGUGCCCACCCUUCUCCUGGUUGGCAUUCUCCUCUAUGCUGUGAGGAGGGGGCCGAUGGGAGCUGGGCGCAGCGGACGAGGAGGGGGCCUCUUCAGUGUUGGUGAGACAACAGCCAAGAUCUUAAAGAGCAACAUCGACGUGCGAUUUGCAGAUGUAGCUGGCUGCGAAGAAGCCAAAUUGGAAAUUAUGGAGUUUGUGAAUUUCCUCAAGAAUCCCAAGCAGUAUCAGGACUUAGGAGCCAAAAUUCCAAAGGGAGCCAUGCUUACGGGUCCUCCUGGUACUGGAAAGACACUUCUUGCCAAGGCGACUGCAGGAGAGGCCAGUGUGCCCUUCAUCACCGUGAAUGGGUCCGAGUUCCUGGAGAUGUUUGUUGGUGUUGGGCCAGCAAGGGUUCGUGACAUGUUUGCAAUGGCCCGAAAAAAUGCUCCGUGUAUCUUAUUCAUUGAUGAGAUUGAUGCGAUUGGCAGGAAGCGAGGCCGUGGGCACUUUGGAGGCCAGAGUGAGCAGGAGAACACCCUGAACCAGAUGCUUGUGGAGAUGGAUGGGUUCAACUCUACUACAAACGUUGUGGUGCUGGCCGGCACCAACCGCCCUGACAUCCUUGACCCAGCCCUGAUGCGGCCUGGCCGGUUUGACCGCCAGAUUUAUAUUGGUCCCCCUGACAUCAAAGGCAGGUCCUCUAUCUUCAAGGUCCAUCUGCGCCCCCUGAAGUUGGAUGAGAGCCUUGGUAAGGACGCCCUCGCGAGGAAGCUGGCGGUGCUCACCCCUGGCUUCACUGGUGCUGAUAUUUCUAAUGUUUGCAAUGAAGCAGCUCUGAUUGCUGCGCGCCACCUGAGUUCUUUCGUUCAGGAGAAGCACUUUGAGCAGGCCAUCGAGAGGGUCAUUGGAGGCCUUGAGAAGAAGACCCAGGUCCUGCAGCCCAGUGAAAAGACAACUGUGGCCUACCAUGAAGCGGGACACGCGGUGGUGGGCUGGUUCCUGGAGCAUGCGGACCCCCUGCUGAAGGUAUCUAUUAUUCCCCGGGGCAAGGGACUCGGCUACGCGCAGUACCUGCCCCGAGAGCAGCACCUCUACACGCGGGAGCAGCUCUUUGACCGCAUGUGCAUGAUGCUGGGAGGCAGAGUAGCCGAGCAGCUGUUCUUUGGGCGCAUCACCACGGGGGCUCAGGACGACUUGAAGAAGGUCACCCAGAGUGCCUAUGCCCAGGUUGUGCAGUUUGGGAUGAGUGAAAAGCUGGGCCAGCUGUCCUUUGACUUUCCCCGACAAGGUGAGACCCUGGUGGAGAAGCCGUACAGCGAGGCGACUGCCCAGCUCAUCGAUGAGGAGGUCCGGUGCCUUAUCAGUGCCGCCUACAAGCGCACCCUGGACCUGCUGACACGGUGCCGGGAGCAGGUGGAGAAGGUUGGCCAGCGGCUCCUGGAGAAGGAAGUGCUGGAGAAAGCCGACAUGGUGGAGUUGCUGGGCCCCCGGCCUUUUGCAGAGAAGUCCACCUACGAGGAGUUUGUUGAGGGUACUGGCAGCCUGGAGGAGGACACGUCCCUACCCGAAGGGCUGAAGGGCUGGAACCAGAGGCGGGAAGAUGGGGACAUGGAGCAGCUUGUGCAGGAGAACCCUGGGUAGCCUGUAUGCAGUGGCUACCAGGACCGACUGCUGGAUGGGACUGUGGGAGAUGACUGCUUCCCCAGAGCCUUUAAGCAAAGCAGCUGCACAGUCACCAAAAACAAAUUAAAAGAUGUGAUAAUCGCGAAUGGGCAUUUUAGAUCAGGGUGCUCUGAACCCACAGGAAGGCAGCAGGAGGAUGGGCAAGUCUGGGUCUGAGUCAUAGGGGAAAGGCAGCAGGCUCUGACCCAUGUGGGAGCCCUGAGUGUAGGAUCCAGUGAGAGGCUUGUGUCAGGCGCUGAGUGGAGACAGGACAUCAGGCUUCCUAGUCAGCCUGCCUCUUGCAGAGAAGUGUUCAUGUGCAUCCUUAUAAAGUCCCUCAGAGGGGGAGUUUUGGUUCAGCCAGUACCCCUCAAGAUUUGGUGAGGUAGAGUUCAGAAAAGGAGAAUGUAAGACACCAAGGGAAAGUUAGGUUUCUUUUUUAAAUUAUGUAUUAAAAAAAUUUUUUUAAACUAAAAA